AUGGCCAGUGCGCCUUUAGAUCCUCUCCAGGCCCUUUCUGCUGCCCUUGCCGCUCCCGCGGACUCAAAGGAGCAGGCGGAACUUCUUGCAGCGUUACGUGAAUCCCUUGAAGCUCAUCAAGGUCCCAUCCCCAUCCUCUGCACGACCCUCAUCAAGACCGUCUUCGGCGCGGCAGACUCUCUACUCAAACGCUGGGUGCUCGACCUCCUCCACUUUGCCAUAUGCCGCUCGUCUUUAUCCGUCGAAGUCCGCUCGCAGUUGGCCUCGCAGUCCCUAGAGACGCUCACUGCACUGCUCAAUGAUGCGAAUACCAACACGGUCAAGGUCGUCGUGCAGUGCUUUGCAACGGUGUAUGCGCUGCUCUUCCGCGCGAUGUGCGCGAAUCGCAACAUGCGCCAACAAUGGGACGUCCUCACCCAGGCGAAGGCCAGGAUAUUGGAACUUGUAUGGGCCCCACACGUGAACAGUGGUGUCAAGUUUGCUGCCGUCAAGUUCAUGCAGAAAGUCAUCCUCGUGCAGACGCGCGGCAUCAGCGAUCCCAGGCUCCAAAACAAGAACGACCCGAAUUUGUCCAUGUGCCCGACAGACCACCCUUUCAUAUCCGUUCCCAUCUUGGAGGCGGAGGCCCUGAAACUAUUAGAAAGCGUGAUCACAGUUUUGUACACUAGCAACGACCCGGACAUGCUAUCUGCCAUCCUAAACAGCUGGGCGUCCCUGACGAAAUUGCGGCCAGCACUGGUAGAACUGGUGGUCUCCACACUGGCGCAAUGGACCCCUGCCAAGCUCGAAGGGCUUCCACCAGCCAGUGUGAAGAGUGUGGAGAAGGGUAUUCGGAUUCUGCUUAUGCAUAUCUCACGGGGUCCCCAAGGCGCGGCAUUCUCUACCCAAAUCCACGCCGCUCUCUCGACACAAGCCACCCGCAUGGAGCAGGCGGUGCGCAAGGCAACAGAAGAGGAAGAAGCAGCAGCAGCAGAGGCAGAAGCUGCCGCCGCCGCCGCCGAAGCGUCGCGGAAGCGCGGUGCCUCUGGCACACCUGUGCCCGACGCCCCCGAUUGGAAACGGCCCAAAAUUGAACACGAAGCGUCCAGUUCUUCCUCGGCACAGCUUGCGAACUUCGACUUCACGACGCUUCAGGCCGGGCUUGUCACCGACCUCAUCAUCGCGAACUUGCAAGCGUUCACUGAGGCCACGCUCAUGGGACUUGUGCAGGCGUACCGCCACAGCCGGGGUACCGCUGGGAAUGCUAAUGGUACUAGUGCUGCGUCAACUUCGACACUAGCGUCGGUUCCUGCCUCUGUGCAUGUGCACAGUACGCCCACAGGCCCUCGUUCGGCCACACCUGCUACGAUGUUUGCACUCGAAGUGCAGCCCCCCACGGGACCGCGGGAAUCUGCUAUCCCUCCGGAAGCGCCUUCUACGGCUGCCGUGAAGGAGGAACCGGUUGACCCCCUCAAGAUGGACAUCGACGAGGAAGAAAUCGAGUACGAGCCCGAUAGGCUCAACCUGGAGCUCUCGGGCGGACAAGAAGGGGCGGCGGACGAGGAGGCAGCAAUGGACCAAGCCAUGGACAUUGUCCCGGACCUGGAGCUCACGGGCUUCAAGCUGCCCCCACCGAAAGAGGUCUCGCACGAGGACCGCAGUGCGCUCGUGCGGAAUUCACUCGCGCGAAUAUGGAAUGGCGCGAAGGAUUUGGAGCCCGCGGAGCCCUUGCGCGACGAUGCCGCAGGAUCGUCUGGGUCCGAUAUGUGGAUGCUCCUCCUCGUCCGGUUGAUUACGCGGCCCACUGACCCGUCUGCCGGGGAGGAGCGUGAGGGCUCUGCGGAGAAACAGGAGAAUGCCAUGGACGUUGUACCGUCCUCGGGUUUUUACUCGCGUCAAGACAGGUUAAGGCAAACAUUAUGCGACUAUAUUAUGGCCGAUUUUUCUGGAAGACUACGACUGGCAACAACGUGGAUGAACGAGGAAUGGUACAACGAUCGGAUACAAACAUCCAGGGAUCAUAAUUGGCCACCAAAUUAUGAGAUAUGGCUCAACCAAAUAGUUGCGGUAUACCAGACACACGUGGACGGCAAGGACAGGGCCUUUUCACGAUUUUUGAUCGACCUCCCAUCCGUACCACAGGAUGUGCUGAACCUGCUGAGAGAAUCGUGCGUCGAGGCCGAACGACGGCAAGUGGGUUUUGCGGCACUGCGCGAAUUUGUAUCGCAAAGACCCUCUCUCCGGGCGGAGGCAAUGAACAUGCUCCUCGAGUUAACGACCCACCCAGACAAGGUGACCCGAGGCGCGGCGAUCAACACCGUGAAGCGUUGGAUACCGGACGUGCAGCCCAUGGACGGUAUGACCCGCGACUUCGCACUGCAGCUGCUCCGUCGCCUGCAGUCGCGUCCGUCCGCAGAGAAGGCGGCUGACGUGCAAACGAAUGGCGACCACGACGAGAACAUGGAGGACGGGCAGCUGCCGCCGGAAGACAUCAUUCAGACACCGUAUCUCCCGGAACAGCUGGAGCUCCCAGCGAGCAACGCGCAGAUUCUCCAGCACGUGGAGCUUCUCUUCGCGCUUUCCACAAAGGUGCCCGAAUUCCUAGAUGAGGUAUUCGCGGCCUAUGGCGGUAUGGAACAGACGGUCCAGGAGACCAUCCAGCACUUAAUUACACCGUUGAUCCGCGCGUUGGGUCCAACUCAUGGGAGGCUUCUUACGCUCCUGCGGACCUUCCCUCCUGGGGCUGAGUCUCUUGCUCUUCGUGUCCUGAAUAUUUUCACCGAACAUGGCCGACCGAGUUCGCAGCUAGUGUCUCUAGUGAAAUCUCUUGUCAACGAGCGCGAUCUGGACGCGCGAUUCCUCAUCCCGAUUAUCGCGGAAAUGGACAAGGCGGAUAUUCGGCGGUACCUUCCACAGAUCGUAUCCAUCCUCAACGGACAGCCGGAGCCCAAGAACCUGGUCCGUUCGGUGUUCAGCUCGGUUGUGACAACCCCUCCGCAGACAUUCGGCAGCGUCACGUCAAAUUUGCCGCGGGUACGACAUAGCGAGCUGCUCACACCGGGAGAACUGAUGGUUUUGUUACACGAGUCUGAGAAAGAGAUCGGGCUCAAGAGCGCGAUCGAAGCCAUAUCUAUCUGUUUCUCGAUGACUGAUAUUUUCCGAUCUGAAGUCAUCGCAGCUGUGCUGAAUCAACUCGUUGAUGAGCCAGUGCUGCCAACCUUGUUCCUUAGGACUGUCAUCCAGGCUGUCACAACAUACAGGUCGCUCGUGGGCUCUGUAUCGACCACCUUGCUGACCCGGCUGAUUACCAAAAAAAUCUGGACUAACCCCCCCCUUUGGGAGGGCUUUAUCCGGUGCGCGAAACUGCUCGCACCCGCUAGCUUCGGCGCGCUUCUGCAACUGCCGAAAGAUCAGCUUCGGGAACUCGUAGAGAAGCAGCCCAGCCUUAAAGCGGGUCUGCGCGACUAUGUCAUGAAAAAACCAGGGAACAAGGCACGUGUCGCUGGCUUCUUGGAUAUCUUCGGGGAGGACGACGGGGCUGGUAGCACAGAUACGACACCAACACCAGACUUCGCGAUGGCGGUAGCGCCGACAGUAUCAUGA